AUGGCGCUGACGGUUGAUGACGCGAUCGCGACGCUGUUCACGCUGACUCAGCAUGACGAGCAGCCGGGCGUGCAGGGCCUCACGUCCACCAUGGUGUACGACGCAUCGUACAGGACGUCGUACACAGAAUACGCGGAGGUGGCGGCGUUCCAGCUGUCCCUGGAGGACGACACUGCCGCCAUCAACCAGCUGGACGCCCUGUUGGCUGAUGGCAAAGACGCUCUCGCAUCGCUCUACACCUACCGCAGCGUUUCCAAGUCCUUUCCUGAGUCUGUGCAAGCUCUGGACGAGAAUGCAGAGCCAGGUCUUCUGCAGGAGGCGUUUGCGCUUGUAGAUGUGGAGAUCCAGCGGCUGAGAGACAUCCAUCUGUGGCAGAUGCGAGCACAGUCGUUGAUUGCUGCGGACCUGCAGCGAUUCUCAGGGGAGAUGACCGGGCCUACCCUCACACACCUGUGGAGCCUGCUGAGGGUGCUGGACACGUGUCUGCUGCUGGAUCUUCUCAAGCACACCAAGGCAGCUCCGCUCCCUGACCUGCUCUGGUUCAGACGAGCGGUGCAGAGUGGUCGAGUCGAUGCCGCAAAGGGUUCGGACACUGACAGUGAUCUGGAGGAAUUUUGGAGCAAGCGCUGGGCCGUCCUUUCCAGCCUGCAGGUCGGCAUCCCAGGCAACGAAACUGUGGAGGAGUUUUUCGUGCAGCUCAUGGUGGUGGCAACGGGCACCAUAGAGAGCGGCCGCACGCUGCUGUUUGCCGACCGCCUCAUGCUGCUGCGAGUGCUGCCAGUGCUCAUAUCCCUCGCCGCACGCACCGAGGCUGAGGCAGACACGCUGUUCCGCCGGAGAGUCAAGCUUGACCGCCUUCUCAGACUCUUCAAGCGUGAGCCCCUAGUGGCAGGCUACAAGGAGGUACCAUUCGCCCUCGCGUCUCUCCUGCCAGACCUCUCGCCGUUCUUCCGCAAGCUGUGUGUUGAGAAGGGCGUGCUGCUGCCCAUACCAAGCAACAUGGACGCAAAGGAAGUGUCACGAGUGUACGACCUGCUGCCCCAGAUGCCCGUCAUCGUCAAGGCUCACGAGGAGUUCUGCCCUCCCUCCCUUCAACCACCCAACGCUGCCUCAUGGCGCAAUCCUCUCUCCUCCUUUCUCCAACCCACCCCGCCUCUCUUUGCCUUCAGUGUCACGAGUCUGACGGUCAUGAAGUACGCGCGGGUGAAGUCUCGCUCCUCCCAGGCGAAGGAGGUGCGGGUGGAGGUGUACCAAGUGCUGCUGGAGGGGCUGCUGCUGCUCUCACCGCCUCACCCCUGUCCCUCUGCUGGUACUGCGGGUGCUGGUGCUGCGGGUGUUGGGGGUGUGGGCCCUGGCGGAGGCAAAGGGAAGCAGAGCCUGAGUGCAUACGAGCAGAUGGUGCAGCACGGUUUCUCACAGGCAGAGCUGCAAGCUGUGCUACAGCUGAUCAUCUCCAAAGCCUCGUUGCCUCCAUCUCUCCUUUCUCCUUUCCAGCUGAUCACAUACAUGAAGGGUGUAGCGGCUAUGACGACAGCAGUGGAGGAAAACAUUGCAUGGGGCGUGGCAGCCAUGAUGACGGCGGUGGAGGGCGGCAUUGCAUGGGUGCUAAGGGAAGGCCAUGCCUCUCAUCUCCUAUACCCACCCGCCCCCUCCCCCAAUGCAGCUGAUCGCAUACAUCAAGGGCGUGGCGGCGAUGAUGACAGUGGUGGAGGGCGGCAUUGUAUGGCGUACAUAAAGGGCGUAGCAGCCAUGAUGACAGCAGUGGAGGGCGACAUCGCAUGGGUACUGCGGGAGGCCAUCCAUGCAGACGUGCAGGAGUUUGCACGCGUCUAUGUCGCCUCGCUGCUCAAGCGCGUGUCGUCCUCUAAUAUGGACUCUCCUUAUGCCAGGUAG